AUCUCUUUCUCUCUCGUCCGCUCAAACUUUUCAAAUAUGAGUGAUAAUAACAUGACGUCUUUGAUGCGCUUGCCAAACGAUUCUCCUCUUCCCGAUGUAAUAGCACUCUGCUGGCGCUCUGACAUUAUAUCCCUUUCUAAGACAAACCGCCGUUUGAGAGCUAUUGUUAGAGAGGCGAUGAUCACUAUGCGUAGGAAGCAGCUAGGCCUGCUCGAGCACUGGUUCUUCAUUUUUGUAAAUCUCAGCGAGUGGUGCGCCUAUGAUCCCUAUAACAGGGCGUGGCAUAAUGUUCCACUGAUGCCAGAGUUACCAUGUAAUUGGAUACUUUCCGAUCGCCAGAUUAUGUGCGUAGGAUCGGAGCUUCUAACUUGUGCCGAAUCUCCUGUUGAUACCAUGUACAAGUUCCAGGCUCUCACCGGCAGAUGGAGCUUAGUUGCGGGGAUGACUACGCAGCCAGCUUAUGGUCACGCCUGGGCAGUUCACGAAGACAAGAUCUUCGCAGCCGGAGGUUAUGACGCGGACAAAAAAUCCUUGCCUUCAGCUCACAUUUAUGACUCGGAGACUGGCCUGUGGAGUCAGAUUCCUCCCAUGACUCAUGCUCGGAUUUGUUGUAAAGGCGCUUUCAUCAACGGGAAAUUUUACGUUGUUGGAGGCAAACUAAGUUAUUAUGACACGCUGCAAACGACCAUAGCUGAGGUCUAUGACCCUAACUCCAAAACCUGGUCUAUGAUCCAGGACUUCUUAACAGAAGAAAUGGCAACUAAUUCAUAUGCCAUUACCGUUGUCAACAAGGAGAUGUACCAUGCUAACCCUAGUAGUUGUGGUAAAGUUCACAAGUAUAUCCCAAGCAAUGGUGAAUGGAUUUACAUCAGGCGCUUUCCCUGGGAGCCUUUACUAAAGUCAGAGGCCUAUCACAUGGCUGCUUAUAGGCCAGUAAGGGACCAGCCCUUUGAGCACCUGGUCCUCAUGCUGUGGCGACAGGAGAAGUCUGAGCAUAAGAUGUACGUUGAGAAAUGAGAAAAGUCGAAUGGAGGGAGUUAACUAAUAGUCUAAUACUAUAUAUUGGCGGAGUCUGUAUCUUUAACCUAUUCAUUCUAGUACUUCUUCGUCUAUUCACCUUUCUGUUGGUGCCACUUUUAUGAGGUGCGGUCGUUACUCGUUAGCCUUAAAUAAUAAUUACUAGCUUAAGCAUCAUAUAUGUACCUUAGUAUUCGAGAAUUUGAA